UGUAGAUCGUCAUUGUCGAUAAUUUUGCUAGCUGAACAAAGCAUACCCAUCGAUCUAUCGUCUUUUUCUGGCUCUCGCCUCUUGGACUCGAAGGGUGUUGCCAUAACCUUCCUUGUACAAUUGCGUAGCUGGCAGAGUAUUUUGCUUUGUAGUUGCUGUUAUACGAAGACUCCGAAAAGAGAACAAAAAGUCUUCAUUGUAGACGCUGAGCACAUUAGAGCUGGACAUUAGUCUGAAAAUAACUACUAGUACUUUGUCAGUUCCUGAGGCAGUUGCUUCGACUGUGCUGCUAUGGAUGAGGUCUUGGUUCUCUUGGUCGGGGCAGUGUUUGUUGUGGUGGCAGCUCUGUUCUUCGUGACGAGAUGGCAGAGAAAGAAGGAGGACAAUGCAGACAAAAAGGAGGAUGGAGAGGAAACGGAAGAAGACGUCCGUCCUCAGCGACGCACAUUGACAGCACAGGAAAAGCUGCAAGUGGCUAUCCGGUCGCGACGUGCUAAUCGAGGUGCUGCUGAUGCUGUUGCUGCUGCAGCGAGGAACAAUAUUGACUUGGAUGAAGAGAUCUCUGAUGAUGAAUUUAUGGACCCGGGAACUGCUGGCUUGGGCAAAAUAGGAGCAAAGAAACUGAAGAAGCUUGAGAAAAAGGCGGAGGCGGCUCGUGUGCGUGAGCAAGGCGCUCGGGAUAGGGAGCAAAAGAAAGAGGACGAACUGAAGCGUGAGGCUGCUCGUAAGAAGAAAGAAGAAGAAGAGAAGUUGGAAGAAGAGAGACUGGCACAAGAAGAGGAGAAGAGAAAAGAGGAAAAGGAGCGUAAGGAGCUGGAGGAGUAUGAGAAGCUGAAGUCGUUGUUCUCAGUGGAAGAAAGCGGAGAGAAUGCGGUGAAUGAAGAGGAGGAAGGAAACCUGCUUCAAAAGUUCAUCAGCCAUAUCAAGGAAAAGAAAGUUGUGCUACUGGAAGAUCUAGCUGCUCAUUUCGAUCUCAAGACACAAGACGCCAUUGCACGUCUCAAAGAUCUCCUGGCAAGUGGUGAGAUAGAAGGCUUGCUCGACGACCGCGGUAAGUUCAUCUAUAUCAGCAAGGACGAGUAUGCCGCCGUGUCUAAGUACAUUGUCCAGAACGGGCGGGUUUCCAUUUCCGAUCUUGCUCAAGCGGCCACGAAAAUCCUCAAGCUGUGAUCCGAAUGACGAUGUCUUGUAUUAUUCUCAAUCCAUCUGAGCUGCUAAAGCAGCCCUCCUCCUCCUCCUCCUAUAAAGGAAUUUCAAUUUCCACUCGUGUUUCUAUUUCUGAAAAUACUAUUUUCUAACCCAGUGUUACAUAUUGCACAUAUCAAUGAAAAACUCUAUGUACAGUAUACUCCCGACUGUUGCCUGCUUGCCGUGUCUCCUUGUACAUACUUCAAAGUAACAAACACUUUUCUACAAUUUUGGAAGUACUUAUGCUACUGAUGCUGCUGUUGCUGUAAUUUUUCUAGUACAUGUUACAUGCAAUAUAAUUUCUCAAAAUGGUCCCUGUAGUGUGCCAUAUUAA